AUGGUCACAACCACGAAAGAAAGCACUGACUCAUUCAUUGAGCGGUUACGGGAACUUCGGCCGGAGCCGCCUCCAUUAUCAGAGUCUCCGGUCACUCUUCAUCAAUGGCAUCGCGCCGAGAUCUGGAGAACCGGCAAAGGAAUCCUCAUGAAGGUCGAUCGCCAAUCGUGGGUGGAAUCGCAGUUGAUAUCGAUACGUGGUCCUCUUACCGAGCCGGGGAUGUUGUACAUUGGCGGAUACGAUGGCAACCUUACCGCAUCACCUUCGCCAUGCUUUCCGGAUUCCAUGGAUGCAUGA